AUGGCCACAAAUCAAGCCGCAAGAUUGCUCCUCAGAGCUGCUGCUCGUGCUUCCCACGUCGCUCCUAGACCAGUUGUUCGACCUUCGGCAUUCGGCCUCGUUAGAAUACCAAAGCAAGGACGCGGUAAUGGCCGACGCUACUACUCCUCUGAAGCUGCUCCAAAGUCUGGUGGCUCCGGAGGAAUAAUAUUCGCUGCCGUUGCUGCCAUUGCUGGUGGUGGUGGUUAUUAUCUUUAUUCUACCGGUCAGCUCGAUAGUCUUAUCAGUGCAGCUGGUAUUCCCGCAAAGGAGUUUGUGCCAACUCAGGAGGACUAUGUUAAGAUCUACAACGAGGUUGCGAAGCGACUUGUCGAGUUCGACGAGUACGAUGAUGGCAGCUAUGGACCUGUCCUCGUCCGCCUCGCCUGGCACGCCUCUGGCACAUAUGACGUAGAAACCAAGACCGGCGGUAGCAACGGUGCCACCAUGCGAUUCCAGCCAGAAUCCGACCACGGCGCCAACGCCGGUCUCAAAGCCGCUCGCGACUUCCUCGAGCCAGUCAAGGAGAAGUUCCCAUGGGUUUCCUAUUCUGACUUAUGGAUUCUCUCCGGUGUCUGUGCUCUCCAGCAGAUGGGCGGUCCAGUCAUCCCAUGGCGUCCUGGACGUUCUGAUAGAGAUAUCAGCGCCUGCACCCCAGACGGACGGUUACCCGACGCUACAAAGGAACAUAAGCACCUUCGUGCCAUUUUCGGCCGAAUGGGCUUCAACGACCAGGAAAUCGUCGCCCUUUCCGGUGCUCAUGCCCUCGGUCGAUGUCAUACCGAUCGAUCCGGUUUCGAUGGUCCGUGGACUUUCUCCCCAACAAUGCUUACGAACGAUUACUACAAGCUUCUGGUGGGCGAGAAGUGGAACUGGAAGAAGUGGAACGGUCCGGCACAGUAUGAGGAUAAGACCAAGGCUUUGAUGAUGUUGCCGACGGAUAUGGCACUUGUCAAGGAUAGGGAGUUUAAGAAGUGGGUCGAUAAGUACGCUAAGGACCAGGAUGCCUUCUUCAAGGACUUUUCGGAUGUUGUCGUUAAGCUGUUUGAGUUAGGUGUUCCAUUCAAGCAGGAGGAGAAAUGGGUUUUCAAGGUCGUCGAGUAA